GGGAUCACAAAUAAGAGUGUGUCCAUUUCCUGUAAUUGAUUUGAGCGAUGAAAAGAUGAAGGCAGGCACGGAGGCAUGGGUAUCGGCGUGCCGUGUGGCAAGGAGGGGGAUGGAGGAGCACGGUUGUUUUGUGGUGCGGUUCGAUAAGGUUGGGGAGUCGCUAUGCAAGUGUCUUGUGUCAGCAAUGGAGGAACUAUUCGGUCUGCCAGUGGAAACAAAAGCACAGAAGACGAGUGACAAGCUUUUUCAUGGUUACUUGGGACAAGUCUCCUGGAUUCCCUUGUAUGAAUCUUUGGGCAUUGAUGACCCUUUCUCUAUGCCUGCUUGCCAACACUUUGCAAACAUAAUGUGGCCUCAAGGCAAUAACCGUUUCUGUGAAAGGAUUAAUGAGUAUGCAAAGCUAAUGGGGGAAAUAGACCAUAUAGCAAAGAGGAUGGUGUUUGAGAGCUACGGAGUGGACAUGGAAAGAUGCAAAUUGAUGAUAGAAUCAAGCGACUAUCUGCUUCGAUGCCAAGAAUAUAGGCCACCCAAGAACGAUGAGAAUGAAACAGGAUUGCAGCCUCACACAGACUUAACCAUCACAUCAAUAGUUCACCAACUCAACAAUCUCAAUGGCUUAGAAAUCAAAUCCAACGAUGGAGUCUGGAGAGGUGUUGAUGCUUCUCCUUCUUCCUUUGUUGUCAUGGCUGGUGAUGCAUUCAAGAUUUGGAGCAAUGGUAGGAUAAGGCCAUGCGAACACAGAGUUACAAUGAGUAGUCAUGUCAAGAAUCUAAGAUACUCUACGGGACUCUUUUCUUUCUGCUCCAACACAUUCGAGAUUCCUCAGGAGUUGGUCAAUCAACAACAUCCCUUGCGUUACAAAACAACGUUCCACCAUUAUGAUUAUCUUCGCUUCUUUGAUGAAAGCAAGAUCAAAGAUCUUGAUACUCGGAUUCAAGCCUAUUGUGGAAUCUCAUCCAAUCAUGAAUGAUUCUUCUACACUUGCUCUUUUUCUUGUACGUGGAAAUUCAGGUGCACUCGACUUCACGUGAAUUUUGAUAAUUGAGAGCAGAUAGAUGAUUUGGCUGAUUUGACUAAAUUUUUAUCUAAUGACUCUCAACUAUCAACUUCCCGUAAAGUCGACUGCACUUGAGUUUCCAGUUUACGUGAUUAGUCGAACCCGAGAUGAUAGUUGAAAACUGUUAUAUCUUAAAUCAUCUUUAUAUAAAAAUAAAAAAUACAUGUAUGUGAUGAGUGACCACCUUAAUUAUAUAUGUGCUGUUCUAGUGUGAUAUGUUUUUCUUAUGGGCUAUUAUUAUAAUUACAAACAA